UUAGUCGGACCCCUAGAAAGAGUUGUUCAAUUUUAUUAAUUUUUUCCAUAGAUGUUCUUCUUUAUAGUAAGUGUUUUAAAAGUGCUGACCUUUACUAGAACCUAAUAAAACCUAACCUAACCACCCAAAGACUCCUACCUAUCUUCCUAGCCGGGGGACUCCGCCCACCCGGACCCCCUGCCACAUUAAGCAGAAAGUAGUACUAAUUUGGGUAUUAUAUUAGUUUGUCAUCCGGGGAAUCUUAGGAAUUUAGGUUAGGUUAGAUAUAGUUCCUUGUUUCUGUGGUUAGGUUUGAUAAAAAUCAUUUGAAACGUCAAAAAACGUCGGAAAAACAUGGGUGACCGAAAUUAAAAUUUUACUUAUAUUUUGAUAACUGGUACCAAUGAAAGCAACUUUGUUGAAGCAUCAUGGUGUCAUUUACCUUUUUUUUUCUUCAUACGUUAGAGUUUUCUCGGACCAAGCAGCUCUGUUGUAAAUAAACAAACGACAUGAGGUGAAUCGUUAAAUUUUUUGGAAGAGUAAAUAAUUCAUUUCUUUAUGUAAGAAGCACAUAAAGACAUCAUUUAGGUGUCGUAUGAUCAGUUUUUCAUCGUGUUUUACCCAGAAAAUUAAAAAUUUUUGCCUCUUUUAAAAUGCUUACUACAAUGAUAAGAACGUGUGUGGAAAAAAUGAACGAAAUCAAACAAUUCUUUCAACUGGCGGCGGUUUCCUCAUAAAUUACCCUCUUAUCUUAUGAAAUCUACAAAAAUGCACGAGCAACACAAUUUGCAUGAUAAGAAAAUUUACCAUUUCUUUUAACUUUAAUUAACAGAUGCGGUCAGCGCUAUCAACUGAGAUCAGACGCCAUAUUGUCGUCUCAUUGAUCGUGUGUGGGUACAAUGGACCUAAAAAGAAUAUCUUCUUACUUGUUUUGGUUUGGUUAGAUCUAAAGUGACCUUCAAGAUCACCCUCACCUCGGACCCCAAACUGCCAUACAAAGUAUGAAACCUGUCCUGAACUGAGUAAGGUACCCACUGAGGGAGGAGGAAGGCUGUCUGCUUAGAAGAAGUAUAAUUAUCAUAUGAGAUGAAUCAAGUUCAUUGGCCAAGAAGAAACAAGUUUUCUUUUUAAGAAGAAAAAUGCCUACUUGUUUAUACAAUAAGUUAUUCAUAUACUGUAUUAUACCAGGAUGAGUACAUGUUUAGAAGAUGCUACUGGUACUUAAUGUACAAUAUCUGAAUUGUGGUACCUGUUGAAACAAGCAGCCCCAGAACCUGUGGCAGUUGAGGUCCACAUAAUUUUGUCCAAAUGAAAGUAAAUAGUAAUUGCUCUUUUGCAGCAUUUAAUAUCCCAGUUUAAGCAUUUAACAUGUGGAAGGAUGUGUUUGGUAACAUUUUAUACUUCAUGCAUGACUUGCUGCCAGCCGCCACUAGUAAAACUAACUGGACGCAGGAUGGCAUUGACCGAGCAGUAUCUUGGGGUGCUUAUUGCGAGAGAGCAGCAAGGAAAUUUUUUCAUAAUGGUAGCAUGGAGCUUGCUCUCUCUCAACUAGCUAAACAGUCCCCAUGGGUUCUAACAGUGCACGAUCUGAAGAAUGCUCGUCAACUUCUGCUCAGACUCCUGGUACAGAACCAGUUAUUGAAGCCUGAUGUAAAGGAGCAUGUCCAUUAUGUGGUGUACAAAGUGCUGGGCUCUGAUGAAGCUGCCAUACUCCACAAACAAGCCUCACAGCAGCAAAAAUUCUUUAAGAAACUUAAUAAUACACUAAGACAAAAUAAAGAUUUAAAGAGAAGAUUACAAACACGACUGAUGCUGGAGGCUGCCAAUAGUUCUGGUCAAGGUGAGCUGCAGGACUGUCUCAGUAAAAUGGUUGUGCUACCUAGAGGACUAUCCCAGAUUCUAGAGGCUGCCAAACUGGAUAAUGCUGCAGGCAGUAUUAAUCAAAAUAUAUGUUUAGGUCCACAGAUUAUUAAUUGGUUUGAAGGUGUGUUGCUGUCUCCACUGGACAACAAUCACAGGCGUUUAGUCCGUAGCUUAUGCACUGAACCUUCCUCAGUACUAAGUGAAUUAUUAAUUGAAAACCCAAGUUUCUUAAAGUCAGUACUAUCAACUCUAAACAGAGAGAUACAGAAAUUAGAACCUCAUUUCUCCGGUGAAGGUUGUUGUUGGAUGCCUCAAAGUCCUUCAGUUUCUAUCCUUAGCUACCAGGAUGUGGUGAAUGUGUGUAUGGCAUUGCUAAAGAAUAAGGUAUUAGCUGUAUGUAUACAGGAAAUGGUGUGUCACUGGUGUUCACAAGAUGGUGGAGCAGCCUGGAUAGAUGUACUUAAAGAUGCAAAUGUCAAAAAGCAGCAAGAUGAACAGCAGCAUAAUGAUCAACCUGGUAGUGAGAAAGAUGUAGUUGGGGCUGCUGUAGUGCACUGAUGAAAAUGUACAAAUCUAUAUGUAGUCUUCAAAUGAAAUUCUGACAAUUGUGUAUUUAAUAAAAAUAAAUACAAGUUAAAAGAUGAUACAAGUUAUAUCACAAGGUUAUCGGAAGCAUUAGCUAUUCUGUUAAAUGAGGGCAACUCUAGUCGCAGUCAAAACCUUCCAAUUCUUAAGACAUUUGCAUGUAUUUUUAUAAUCCCAAUUUACUAAAUUGUAUGUUUGCCUUCCUUAACCUCACAGAUUGAGAUCUUCUGUAGUACCAUCUUCACCACUUGGCAGACUUGUAACUUUUAAAUGUUUAAAAUAUAUGUGGACAAAAUCUUAACAUUCACCUCACAGUUUUUCUUAGGACAUGUAGCCCCACUUGUUAGCUACUUCCUGUACAGUAUGGUAGGCAGUCUGUGAAGUACAGUAAAAGUUUGUCUUAGCUGCAGUAUGAAGAAUCUUCCCACAUAUUACCUUCAGUCAUUCACACACAUGUCUUAGCAGGGGUUUGAAAGCCCCACCCAUACAUUGUCCCACCAGUCAUGUACUGUACAGUAUAUCCCUUUGCCACUGUAUGAAAAUUUUGAUAUAGAGAAGAAAUUAUUGUUAACCCUUUAGGUGCGUAAUUAAAUUUCGCGCCGGUU